UACAAAGUUGCUCAUGAACCUGCAACUAUACGGCCCGGUUCCAUCGACGAGGAAAGUUAUAAGAUGUACAAAAUGAACGAUCCUUUGGCUGAUGAAACUGGAAUCUCCAUUGUUGCCGGGAACGUACACGACCUGUACAACAAUGGCAGUGACACAAAUGUGGAGGCGUUGACGUCUACAAGUACGUCUCCUGUGAAUGCUGUGGAGCAGCGGGGUGUGGUUAAAAAAGAGAAUGACGGCCUAGCCGAAGAAGCAACUGCACAAUGA